GUGUUGGAGAAAAGUCUUCGACGUGAGUGUAAAUGCCACGGAAUGAGCGGAUCGUGUGAGAUAAAGACGUGCUGGGACACUCUACCCACAUUCAGAGAGAUCGGUGUGAUCAUCAAGGACAAGUUUGACGGUGCAUCGGAGGUGGCGAUUGAGGAGAAGGACGAUCAGCCGCGCAUUGUCAUGAAGAACUCGCAGUUUAAGCGACACACAAACGCUGAUCUGAUCUACAUGAGUCCGUCUCCCGACUUCUGUGAAGCGGAUCCCGAACGAGGUAUUUUCGGCACGAAAGGACGAGAAUGCAAUGUCACCUCGCAAGGAGUGGACGGUUGUCAGUUAUUGUGCUGCAAUCGUGGUUUCGAGCGACGAGUAUUUUUCGAGCCCGACCAGUGCAACUGUAAGUUCUACUACUGUUGUCGAGUGGAAUGUGAGCCGUGCGAACGACGCAUUGAGAAGCACUUCUGCCUCUGA